CUCAGCUGACUCAAGUGGCUGAAAAAAGAAUAUGUUGGUGUAUUAUAAAUACCCACCCCUCUUUGAAACAGCGAUAUAUUUAGACUCUGAUAAGGCACUGAGGGAUUCUCGCACCCAGCUGAAGUUCAGGCUGACAUUCUCUUCACAGCAGCUUGUGAUUCUGCCUUUGGUUGAGCUUGUGGUUUCUUAACUGAAGCCACUCCAGUGUGAAUAUGUCCAAGUACUGUGACCAGGAACCCUACAUGGAGGAAAUUGAUGAAGACAAAAUUCUUGAAGGUCUUUCAGCUGAAGAGCUCCAGCAGCUCCAGAACGAGAUGGAUGAUAUUGCCCCUGAUAAAACAAUACCAGUGGGAAUGAGACAGAAUAACGCAUCUAUUGAAGCAACGACUGAAGGGGACAAAGAAUGGGAAUCUGAGGAUCAGGAAAACAUUGAUGAAGAUGUGAUUUUGGCAGGUCUCACUGCUGAAGAGCUCAAACAGCUCCAGAAUGAAAUGGAGGUAAUUGCUCCUGAUGAGAGAGUGCCAGUAGGGAUGCGACAGAAGGACCAAACUGAUAAACCCCCAACAGGUUCAUUUGACCAUAGAUCACUAGUGGACUACCUGUACUGGGAGAGAGAAUCUAAACGUUUGCUGGAAGAAGAAAGAAUACCUACCACCCUGCUCCCCAGUCAGAAAAAAAGGGCAGAAGAGCUGAAGAAUAUAGUGAAAGAAGAUAAUAAAAAUAUUGUGUAUGAGGAAAUUGGAAAAGAUGCUGAGAUAGGGGACUGUAAAGAGGUGAUUGAGGAAGUGAUCGAAGAGGUAAAAGACAAAGUUGUCGAUGUAGAAGUUGGUGAGAAUGAUCAAAAGAAACAGCCAAUUAAAACAGAAACUCAAGAGAGUAGCAUCAUUAUGUUUGCCAACUCUCAGCCAGCUCCAAAUUUCUCUGACUCACAAAAAGAGAGAGAAACUCAAAGAGCUGAAUUGAAUGAGGACGAAUCAAAAGUGGCUAAAAUGAAGCAAACAGAUCAGAUUCAAUGUAAACCUGUUCCCUCAGCCUAUGAGAACUGGGUUCCUAAGAAAGAAGAGAGAGUCAUAUCCAAAUUGAAGAUCCCAAAGCUUGCACAUGGUGAUGGUUUGAUUAAAAAAACUGCAAGGCCAUCUGGGAAUGAUACCAAUCUGGAAAGCACUCUGGACAAAAUCCGCAAUCAUAACUCCUAUAUCACUGAGAUCAACCUAAACAAUAUUGAGAACAUUCCUAAAGAAAUGCUCUUAGACUACAUUGAGGCCCUGAAGAAGAACAAGCAUGUGAAGAUCUUCAGCAUUGCAAACACAGGUGCAGAUGAAAAUGUGGCUUUUUCAUUGGCCAACAUGCUGCGAGAGAACAGGAGCAUCACCACACUGAACAUUGAAUCCAACUUCAUUACUGGAAAAGGUAUCAUUGCGAUCAUGCGCUGUCUACAGUUCAAUGAGACUUUGACAGAACUCCGGUUCCACAAUCAGAGGCACAUGCUGGGCCAUCAUGCAGAGAUGGAAGUGGCACGUCUCCUGAAAGCCAACAACACCCUGCUUAAGGUUGGCUACCAUUUUGAGCUUCCUGGGCCCAGGAUGGUGGUGACUAACUUGCUCACUAGGAACCUUGACCGGCAGCGACAACAAAGGAAGGAAGAGCAGAGGCUUCAGCAGAUAAAAGAGCAACGUCAGAUCAUGGAGGUGUAUGAGAGCCACCUGAACUUCCCACCUGGUCUGCUGGAGAUGUUAGGAGAAUAUAUUCCUGGAAUGGAACUUAUCUGUGCUGCUCAGGGUCCUCAGCUUCUUUCACAAAGCCCUCCAGAACCCUCUAUGGAAUCAACACCAUGUCACAAGCUACAAAAGACACACCACCCUACUCGACAACAUCCACGCAGUUCAGACUCAGACUCUCGCAAUAUGUUAAAAGAUGUGAAGCUUAAGAAGACUCCAAAACGUCGUGACCCACUCCUGGAUUUAACUAAAAAAGAAGAGAAAAGAGAUGGAAGGGCUAAUAUUCAGUUACGGAGCACUUUCAAGCAGACAAACACAGCAAGUGAAGGCUCUCUGGAUGACAGGGCCAACCUGAAAGAUGUGAUAAAGGCACUGAAACCAGUUCCUCGAAGAAGGCAGCCACCAAAAGAGGAACUAACACCACGUGACUUACUCCUCAAUGAAAUUAGACAGAGCAAUGUGGCUUAUCUAAAAGCGGUGCCUCUUCCCAAAGUUCUGGAAUCCAGGGAAACCAGUCUCUUAUGAUGACAACAUGCUUUUUGACAGACUGCUCACCUGUACCUGUAGCCAAUGUGGGCCUAAUCAGAUACUGCUGUACGAGCCAUACGCUGCCAUCAUUUUUCAUUUAAUGCUGUUUUGAUCAGAGUGUGGCUUCUCUAUGAGCCGGUAGUUAAUUUUAUGAUAGCUGCAUGAAAUCCACUGGUAUAUAUACAUACAGUCAGGUCCAUAAGUAUGUGGACAGUGACACAAUUUUGUAAUUUUGCCUCUGUACACUACCACAAUGGAUUUGAAAUGAAGCUAUCAAGAGGCGAUUGAAGUGUAGACUUUCAGCUUUAAUUAAAAAGGUUUCAUUAACUCUUUAGGAAAUACAGUAAUUUUUUUGAAGACUUCUUCCAUUUUCAAUUUUCAUAGGAUCAAAAGUAAUUACACAAUUGACUGAUAAGCAGUUUCAUGGGCAGGUGUGAACCUGGGAACAAAGUAUUUCCAUUUUUGUUUACCCAAAUAUUUAUGAAUCUCAUGCUGUAUUUAGAAUCAGGCACAGAAGAAAACAGAUUUCAAAUAUACCUCAGUAGAUUUAAAAAUUGGUCUAGGGCUCCCAAUAUUUUUUUUACGCUUUGCCUUUGCACUGUGGCAAAUUUAUAUUUAUAGUCACAUGAAGGAAGAUAACAUUUUAAUAUACACAAAUGUUUCCACUUUGCUGUUUUAUCUAUGUAACAUCUAGUUAGGCAGAACUGCUACCUUCUUCUGGGCCAAAUUCUUGUGACACUCCUCAUUUGUUCAACAGAUUCAAUCAAAGACAAUAUAUAUAGUUGCAAGCAGUGAUUGAUGGGCCCAAGCACCAAGGGCACAGCAUUGUCUAUUACAACAGCCAGUAUUAGCAUGUGGAUGUUAUUAUGCCAGAACACUGAAC